AAAAAAUGUGAUUGAGCUGUCCCCUGUAAAGGUCUUUGGAAUGAACAACUCCGUGUAGGUACUUACUUACUGACAAUACUAAAUACCUAAGUACUUACUCCAAUUAGUAUACGUACGUAUAAGGAAAUUCAGCACAAACCAAAGUAGUGUUAAUUGUGUUAUCGAAACAUCUAUCGAGCCCUUUACAGCACUUAGCACUAUAGGCAUCCCCAAUGAGAAAGGCCUGGCGCCUCGGCGACCAUGACAGUCGCGCGCGCCCCUCGCUCGCCUUAAUCAAACAAACAAUUUUUUUCAACUAAAUACGAUUGAAACCAUCAAACACUUGUGAAUUUCCACUGACAGUUUGGCUUUACGGCCAUAUUUUAUUCAAGCUGGCGAAAGCAUGGUGGAAAGAACCAGAUACUGGAGUGCCAGUAGGCGCGCGCGAAGGCUGUGCUGCGGCGCGUAUGUGGCGUGCAGCGUGCAGCGUGUUGGUGUGCCCCGACGCUGAUGCUGCUUGGACUCGCAUAUCUGACACUGCGCCACCAGACACUGUUUGGCAUUCCCUACGUAACUGCGUUGCAUAUCAAGCUGGUGUAUGGCAGAAUUUGCUAGCAAAAGGCAUAGAUGAUGUAAUCCAACCUGCGGCAUUUAAAUUGGCUAUUGUAUUGAGACAUACACCUACAGAUCUCACUGUACGCCUGUUGGCAGAUUUAUUACGCCUACAUCCACAAUCUCAAGACCUGACAUCAUACGUUCUGGCGUUGCUGACUGACGACGAAGCAUCAUGGUGUGGCGCGUGUGGUGCGGGCUCGCCGGGUGGAGGAACACCGGGUCCGGCGCCGCUGAGAGACCUGCAGCUGUUUGGUGAUUGCGAGCUUUCCAUUCUCGCAGCCAGCCGCGAAGAGUAUGAGGCGCAUGCUAAACUGGUGCGGGCAGAGUAUGCAGCAAUGAGCAAUAAGAACUACGUGGAACUAAGGAUUAAGGUCCUGAAUCAGUUCUCACAGAUCCCCAAGUUAUAUCACACACCAGAGUUCGAGUUUCUGGAGCCUCUCGCGCGUGAAAACAUUGAACGAGAAAUUUGCACUCUACGUGAACAUCUACUCACAGGUCAACAGGAGUAAACUUAAAGACCAACAUGAGGCACAUAGUGUCUUGAAUUAGUCCGAGCUAGCUAACAAUAGAUGCUACCUAAUAUUUACGAUUGGAAGGCGGGGCAUGCCAGAUUAUCGCAUUAGACGUGUUACUUUGCGCUUAAAGCCUUUAUUUGUAUAUGUGAAAAUGUAUUAUUAAUUAUUAUGUUAGUAAGUAAUCAAGACAGAAACAGCGUAAAUAAUUUAUACAAAAUUCCGUGCUUCAAGAAUUGAAGACUUGCGACUGCAGAAAAAAAUGUUUAAAUGUCGUAUAUGAAGCUAAAACUGUCAGACUGGCACACUUAUAGCUUACCAGAGAAAAUCGGUUGAUGAAUUAGUAAUUUAUGUAAUGUUAAAAUAGCGUAAUACAUAUAUGUAUAUUUAAAAAAACAACUGUUUCGAAAAUACACAAUUUUAUUUUA